CUCCUGUUUUAUGUGUGAUUUGAGACUUAUGUUCAAAUGUCUCACUGUUCUUGUAGAUUGAACUACACAAAGUGCGUCAUAUGGUCAUAGACAUAUCAUGCCUUGAUAAAAAUUUAGACCUAAGGCUGAUGCUAUCUACCAAGAGGAUCUUAACAGCUCUCACUGAUGAUGAGAUGCAAAGCAUCAGAAGUCUUAUUAAUUCUGCAGUUCUAGAUCCAGAUGUGAAGGGUGGGUUGAGAUGGCCUCUAGGGAGGACAUCUUCUGGAGGUAGAUAUUGUGUGGUGGGGGUUUGGCACACAAUAGCUAAAGAUUAUAAAAGUUCGUCAUUGAGGCUAAAAGUGAGACAUGCUGAUCGAUAUGAUUUUAGAACUUCAACUGGGGAAGCUACAAGAGAGAUAAAUAUGAAGCUGAAAAACAUUGUCUCAUUAUUACAGGAACAGGAGGUGGAGGUUAGUUUGGUUUCUGAGAUGCUUAAAGACCACUUGAGGUUGAUAUGGGAUCAUUUUUUAUGCUGUGAACAUUUUUUGUCAUGAAAUAGCAAAAAAGGUGGCGAAAAGAUAAAAACAGAAGGGAUACCAUAAGGGCAGUUUGAAUAUUUUUGACAUGUUUAUGGUGUAUUUGCUUACAUCUUAUGGAAAUUUUAAGGAAAUGGGCAUUGAUUCAAGAUUGUAGUUUUUAGUAUAAGAUGAUAUGUCAUCCUGUAUUGGUCAGAAAACUAUUAAAUC